UUUUGCGACCAGCGACACUUGCCGCCGAUGGGAGGAGACCAUGCAAACCCACGACGGGUGCGAAGGAUGAUCGCAUGCGUGUUGCUGAUGGGGUAUGCAUCCGUUGAAGCUUCCGCGCGUGUGGAGCUUCCACUGCAUCACCGUGCGUUGCUGGCUGGCGUAAGCUCCGUCGACCUCGUGAACAAGAAGGCAACGCAGUACUUCGCACCAGUGUCCAUGGAUGGCAAGACGUAUAAUGUGCAAGUCGAUACCGGCUCGUCAGAUCUAUGGUUUGCCUGCGAUGCUAUUGCUCCGUCACAGUGCUCGAACAGCUCGUGCCCUGCCACGUCCCGCACGAUUCAGUACGGAUCUGGGUCUGUGUGCAUCGACCAGAACAACGGGACGUUUGGGCUUGGAUCGUUGAUAGUGCCCAAUGCAAUCUACGGAAUUGGCAUCAAGUCGAACGUGUUGGUUGAUGGCAAUCAAGGAAUCUUGGGUCUGUCGUUUCCGUCCAUUUCGGUCUUCGGCAACAGUGGCGUGACAUCAAACUCCACCAAGCAGUACCCAAUCCAAUUCCUCGACCGAUUCAGCAUGUACCUGACGUCACCUGAAGACGAGGCUGGCUCGAAACUCGUCCUGAAUGGUGAGGACGACGACCGGAUCGCACGCGACAAACUCGUGGGGUACAAGAUCCCGCUCAAGGAAACGACCCACUGGACCAUUCAAAUCAGGUCGCUCGAAGUUGAAAACGACAUCCAGCGCAACUUUACCCAGCCGUGCUCGGUGGCUGGGUCGUGCCUGGCCAUCGUCGACUCGGGCACAACAUUUCUCUCGAUGCCGUCAGUACUUUUCAAGAAGUUUGCCAUCACCUACCUCAAGCCCGGCACGCCUCAAGGAUGUGCGUUUGACACGCAGUCGCAGUAUUACAUUUGCCCCAAAGACAUUGCACUGCCCAAACUCGCGAUUGGCCUCGGCGAGACCGCUUCGUUCGUGCUCAAUUCGUGGGAUUACUCAUGGGUGCACUCAGAAACAGAGAUUAUUGUCCAAAUCCAACGGAAUCCGGCAUCGGGAAGCCUGGCCGAUCGGUGGAUCCUCAGUGCCACGUUCCUGAAAGUAUACUACACGACUUACCAUGUCACCGACCAAGCGAUCACGUUCUACUGCAAAAACGGCGGUGUCUGCGCGGGUGGCUCCAACCUACUCGACUUCAGUGGAAAGAAACCGAUUUGGGCGAUGGUGCUCAUGAUCACAGGUGGAUGCCUCUUUGCCAUCGGGCUCAUCGGUGGCGUUGUGUUCCUUGUCCAGCGACGGAAACGAGGCAGGGAGAAGGGCCAUCGCCCUGCCGAUUACUUAAGGGUCGACGACCGGCGGGAGUCGUCGCCAGUUCUCCUCGCGUGAUUUCCAUCCAUUUCUGCUUAUCCAUGUACUCCAGAAUGCAGUCCUACCUCUGCCCCAUGCGAAAACCAGGGCAAAAUUCAGUGCUGGGUACAUAUCAACGUGAAAUUGGUUGAAAGCUUCCUCCAGAAAGUAAUUUUAAUAAAAUGGGUCGUCGUCAGACAAUUUUCCUCCA